UGUGGGCUCAGUAUAAAUCUGUUAACAGAGAGGGUUGUGAUUUAAUGUGACACGAAGGACACAUCGAGGUGAGGAGGAGCUGUUCACAAAACCCCUAACAUCUCGUGAAUUCUUAAGUCUCUCUCUCUUAAUAUAAUCACAGCGGGCUGAUUUCAUUGGUAUUCUUAUUCAAGGUGUAUGUGCUGCUGCGUUCAACAGCUUAAAUUCCUUCUACUCUGAUUUUGCAUAACACGGGUCCUUUAUAUCUUCACAUUCACUUAAUGGCACUGUAGCUCAGUAGGUUUCGUAAGUUGAAUCCAGGAGGAGAAAGUGACGCCGGUGCGGGACAGAGCUUGCUUCAUCACGCGAGAGCUCAGCAUCAGCAUCACUGCAGCGGGACAGGUGCGUGCACGCGCAGUCCAUCAUCACCCACACCGAAGCUGAACCCGGAGCGUGGAUGUACGUACAAUGACAGCCGCGUGUUUGAGCGGGGGACACUAAUAUCUGCUGUGUGUUCUUCUUGAGGUGUGCAGUCAUGCUUCUCAAAGGGCUGAUUUUGUUGAUGCUGUUAGUACAGUUCUCUGCAGUGAGCUUUGCCAAAGAAGGAGGCAAACCCAAGAAGGGGAAAAAAGGCAAACAGGUCGUCUGUCCCUCUCAGUUAUCAGCAGAGGACUUGGACAGAGUCCCAGCCAACUCAACCAGCAACAUACUCAACCGCUUGAUGAUGACCUAUGAUUCACGAAUACGACCAAACUUCAAAGGUAUCCCAGUGGAGGAUAAGGUGAACAUCUUCAUCAACAGUUUUGGGUCGAUCCAGGAGACUACAAUGGAUUACCGUGUUAAUAUAUUCCUGCGUCAGCGCUGGAAUGACCCACGGCUGCGGUUACCAACUGAUUUUAAGUCCGAUGCGUUGACCGUUGAUCCAAAAAUGUUCCAGUGCCUGUGGAAGCCAGAUCUGUUUUUCGCCAAUGAAAAAAGUGCUAAUUUUCAUGACGUUACACAGGAAAACAUACUUCUGUUCAUUUUCCGCAAUGGAGAUGUCCUCAUCAGCAUGAGAUUGUCUGUCACUCUUUCUUGCCCUCUGGAUCUAACGCUGUUUCCUAUGGACACCCAGCUCUGCAAGAUGCAGUUAGAGAGCUUUGGCUAUACCACGAAAGACCUGGUGUUUAUGUGGCAGUCUGGAGACCCUGUUCAGAUGGAUGAGAUUGCUUUGCCACAGUUUGAUGUAAAGCAAGAGGAUAUCAAGUAUGGAAAUUGCACAAAGUUCUACCCGGGAACAGGUUAUUAUACAUGUGUAGAAGUCAUCUUCACUCUCAGGAGGCAGGUGGGCUUUUAUAUGAUGGGUGUUUAUGCUCCCACCCUGCUCAUUGUCGUCCUCUCAUGGCUGUCCUUCUGGAUCAACCCAGACGCCAGUGCAGCUCGAGUGCCUUUAGGUAUUCUGUCUGUCCUGUCGCUGUCGUCUGAGUGUAUGUCUCUAGCAUCUGAGCUUCCUAAGGUCUCCUAUGUGAAAGCCAUUGAUAUCUGGAUGAUUGCCUGUUUGCUGUUUGGUUUUGCCUCUCUUGUGGAGUACGCUGUGGUUCAGGUGAUGCUGAACAGUCCCAAGCGCAUUGAGGAAGAGAAGGCAAAGAUGACUCAGAAAGAUAAAGCGAGAGAAAAAGAGAACAAGACACCAGCUAAAGCUAACAGUGCCAAUGGCACUGGCGGGACACCUAUACAUGUCAGCACACUACAGGUUGUGGAAAACCGCUGUAAGAAGGUGUGUACUUCGAAAUCUGAUCUGCGCUCAAAUGAUUUCAGUAUUGUCGGUUCUCUUCCACGAGAUUUCGAACUCUCAAACUUUGACUGUUACGGCAAGCCCAUAGAGGUCACAGACGCUCCCGGCAAAUCACAGAACAAGAACAACAAGAAGCCAGCGCCUCCAAAACCUGUCAUUCCGUCCGCUGCUAAACGGAUUGAUCUCUAUGCACGAGCUCUGUUCCCUUUCACCUUCCUCUUCUUCAAUGUUAUUUACUGGUCUGUCUACCUGUGACAUCACAAAGUGUACGCGUGUGAUUAUGUGUGUGUUUGUGUGCUUUUAUGUACAUUUGAUGUCUGUUUUUUGGUCUGUCAGUUAUAUAGUCCUGCUGAUUUGUAUUUUUCCUCAUAAUUCGCUUUUUUAAAUGUGUAGCUUUAAUACGAGCAAACUUUGUAGCAUGACUUUACAGUGUGUUUAGCCAUGUUUGGUCCAAAGUGCUAGAUGUCCAUGAUGUCCCAUGUAAAACAUCCACAAUUGUCGAUUGUUUAUAAACUCAGGCAAAAAUUUGCUUAUGGAAAGAAAGACUGUAUCAGAUCUGGACUCAGACAGCAUGCAGUAUUUAUAAUGGGCUUAUUGGAUAUGAGUCUAGAAGUAAGAAGAAGGGAUUUAACUGCUGUUGUACUGCCAUACAAUAAAGAUCCUUCAUCAUCAUCA